CUGCCUCGAGAACUGUGCCAGCAGGUGGCAGAGUCGAUGGAGAUGGAUGACGAGUCGUGUGGGGAAGCCCUGAACUUCUUUGACAGUUUGAACAUGCUGUUCUACUUCCCCGACAUCCUUCCCCAGCUGGUGUUCAUGGAGCCACAGAUGUUGCUGGAUAAGGUCUCGGAGCUGGUGGAGGAGACCUACCACAUGAGGCAGGGAAGAAGGGCCAGCCGUGCCGGGGGAGAAGCUGAGAUUCCGUGA